CAUAACGAAAACACCGUCCAGCUGAAGAAAUAACAUAAUAUUAACAGUAAAUAUUCGAUUAAACAUGACCCAUUUCGAUGAUGAUGUUCAUGAUUUUACUUUCGAUGAUGACGGAUUUCCAAUUCAAGAGGUGCCAACCAUCACCCCGGUUCCUGACGUGCCAGAUUCGGCUUUCUGUGACGAAAAAAACAUAACGGACUUGUUCAACAUGUCUGGUGCCGUCUAUGAUGUGACGCUGUCUCUGGCCGAGGGAACGCUUUCUUGGACCAGCGGCAACGCGCUUCCAAAUGCAAUAAAGAAGAAAUCAAAAGGCUUGUCCUUCUUCAGGAGUAACAGUUCGAAUAAGUUGCCGACAGAUGUCAAAAGUCACGUGUGCCUGAGGGACCUUUAUGGUGUUCGAGUUCACCGUCGCAGACGAGCUGAUCAGAAACCCGGCGAGGGAACUUGUUUAGGUUUUGGUGUGUUUCUCAGUGAGAAAAAGGAACAUUCGAACAUACUGAAACCCAGAGUAAUUUAUUUUGAGCACCUGUCGGAGGAACUGUGCACGAGAUGGGUAACAAAAAUCAGAAGUUACUUGAAUGCCAUUCCAGGUCGCCCAAAGUCGGUGAAGCUUUUUCUUCAGUCACACGCAGGCGGCAAAUGUGGUCGAUACAUCUAUAUGCAUAAAAUUCAUCCAAUUUUCCAGAAUGCGGAAAUUGAUGUUGACAUAACUGAGAUUCAACACAACGAACACAUCAAGCAAGAGAUGAUUCAUCUUAACUUAGACGACUUUGAUUGGAUAGUGUCUGUGGGUGGUGACGGAACUGCUAAUAAAGUAGCCGACGCACUACUGAAGCGGGCGCAGAAGGAAUAUGACGUAGAACUGAAACCUGGUCUGAAUCCCGUGAAAGCUCCUCUGCCUCUUGGAAUUAUACCGCAAGGCAAUACAAAUCACAUCGUACAUUCAACAACGGGAUGUGAUGACCCAAUCACAGCCACUCUACAUAUAAUUUAUGGUCACAGUGUCAGUGUUGAUGUAUGCUCUGUGUGUACAGAGCACAAAUUCCUCCAGUGGGCUUUCAACUCGCAAUACGGUUUUCCCGCCAGUGUGUUGUCAUUCAUGGACAGAUACAAAGCUUUGGGCUCAACAAAGUUAGAUGUAGCUUUCAUCAAGGCCUUGACCAAAGCCAAACUGAGGUCGUACGAUUGUGUUGUGGAGUACAUCCCAGCUCCAUCUAUCAUUUCACCUGUUUUCAACACGCCGUGUCUGACUGGAUGCAACAUUUGUUGGACAGAAAACCUGAACGACAGCAGUCUUAUCACAAGUGACUUGGUAGAAGAGUUUGACCCUUUGGCUGUGUCUGGUUCCAGUAGUUCUAUUAUAGAUUUGACCAAUGAAAAUCCAUGGAAGAACAGUAAAGGUAGUUUCAUGAGUGUGGGCGUGUUCUCAAUACCUGGCCUGAACCACCUGGCUCCCCGCGGCCUCAGUCCAACCACCCACCUCUCGGAUGGGCAUCUCGACCUGGUGCUUGUACACAACACGGACAGGAAAGACUUUGUUCGAUACUUAAGGAGGCACGGGAACUCCAAGAAUCAGUUUGACUUUCCCUUCGUUGAAGUCCAGCGCGUGAAGGAGGUGAGAUUUCGACCGCGUGUUCCCAUCAGCUGGAACUACAAGGACCACGACUACAGCGAGAUCGAUUACGAGAUGGCCAAGCUGAGACGCCGCCAGAGUCAGCAGACGAAGAGUGUCGAUGUCCUUGACCUUGAAGAUGUGAGCAGCUGUUCAUCGUCGUCUCAGUCGGUGGGUGAGCGCGCAGAUAGUACGCUGGCACUCAAUGGGCUCAGUGCAUCGGACGACGACAAUGAUCACGAUGGCAACGACAAUGAUGAUGUUGAUAAUGACAACUGCAAUAACAGAAUAAAAUCAGCCGAUUCAAAGUCAAAGUCACCAGCUGUACCAGCUUUCCCACCAAACAAGUUGGUUGGUCCUCAGUAUCGGCCCACCUUCACUGAUCAGGAAAUUGCGCGGAGGAAAAAACAUCAGCGCAAGAAAGAGGAAAGGGCCAAGGCCAAGGAGGAAGCUCGGAUGUUUUCCAGCUGGAGUAUCGACAACGAAUUGUCCAAGGAGAGGGAACUCAGUUUUAAAAUUUUCCAUGGUCUCCUGCAGAUCUGUGGUCAGGGUGUGUCACCUGAAGCUGAACCUAAAGAUGUGAACUUCAACUGUCUGCCUUUUGUGAAAUAAAAAUUGUACCAAACGGUUUACUGACCAACAUUUUGGAGAACCACGUCUGACGAGUCACUACAGUUAAAACUGCUUGUAUUAAUCUCCUUAGCAUUGCAUAGUGCCAGCAUUAUCAUCAUAGUCAUAGUCACCACAACAACCACCAUCAUCAUAUGACCACCAUUGUCUUCAUACCACCAUCACAAUCAUAUUAUUAAGACCAUGAUCAUCAUCAUAUGACCACCAUCGUCUUCAUACCACCAUUACGAUCAUAUUAUUACGACCAUGAUCAUAAUUAUAUUACCACCACCAUCACUAUCAUCAUAUUACCAUCAUUAGCAUCACCAUGCCAUCACCAAUGCCACCAUCACCAUUACCUUGCCAUC